AUGAAGCUGCCUCUGAUUGCUCUCGCUGCCUUAUUGACAGGGGCACACGCUGCCCCUGUCUUGAAGGACUCGGCAGUUGCGCCCCGUAAAGGCAACUGGCUGAGCAAAGACAAUGAAGCCCUGUACCGUCUGAACUACCCUGACUACCGUGAUGAUAAUGUCCAAGUGCCUCAGGCGGACGAAGUUGGGCAAUACUCCGACGAUCUUGCUCAAUUCGUAGAGGCCCUGCGUGAAUAUUAUUAUAAGCAGGCGGUGAAGAAGAGCAAGACGACGACUCCCAGGAAGAAGAGGGUCGCUAAGAUUGCUCCUAGUCCAGAUAAGAAAACACUCUUGAAGGCUAUUCUGGGCAAGGAGGACACCAGAAAGGGCACCCCUCUUCGAAAGAAACUUUCUGAGAAGGCCGCCCCCAAGAAGACCCCCAAGAAGACUAUUCCCGUUCGAAAGGAGACUCCUGGGAAGGUGACCACCGAGGACCAUGAUGCUCUUCCUCGGAUCAUCGCUCCAAAGGAAGCUUCUGGGAGGGGGGCCACCAAGAAGAACAUCAAGAUUCCCAGCAAGAAGCCCACCCCCGGCCAGAAAAAACCUCUUAAAGAGGUGCCCGCCAAGGAGCCUGCCACAGUUCAGAAGCCCGCACCCGCUCAGAAGGAAGCUCCCAAAGGGGAGACCAUCAAGAAGCCUACCCCCGUUAAGGAGGAAACUCCUGAGAAGAAUACCACCGAGAAGAGUAACCCCGCCCAGAAUGAUUCUACUGAGAAGGACAAAUCUACUGAGAAGGAUACCUCUACCAAGAAGGAUAGCGCUCCUGCUCAGAAGGACACUUCCAAAGAGGACAGUACAGACAAGAAGGAUCCAGCACCUUAG